GGAAACAGUAGUUCUCCGACGUCGGGAGGAGGAAGGCGUUGCGGUGACUGGAGCUGGAGAACGGGCGAAGGGGAUGCAAGAUGGCGGACCUCGAAGAUGUUACGCUGGACGGGAGGCCGCUUCAUUCGCUUCGUGUGGCGGAUCUUAAAGCUGCACUGGAGGAAAGAGGCCUAUCCAAGAGUGGGCAGAAGAAUGCCCUAAUCAAACGAUUAAAAGGGGCUCUGAUGCUGGAGAACCUUCAGAAGACCUCAACACAUCACAUAGGACUCCAACCAAAUUCACAGAUAGGAGAGGAGAUGAGUCAGAACAGCUUCAUCAAACAGUACCUGGCCAAGCAACAGGAGCUCCUGAGACAACGCUUGGAGAGAGAGGCCAGAGAGGCUGCAGAGACAGACGGCACAGACCAAGAUGACCAGAGGGAGGCCAGUGAUGGUCCUGCAUGUCCUGCCCCAAACCAGGAUGUCGCCCCUGAUUUAGUUGACCAGCACAAAAGUCUGCCCCCUUCAGUGGGCGAGGGCUACGGGGUCUCAGCAGGUGAGGCAAAUGCGGACGGUACCCGCGAGAGGGAGGCGCCAGCAGGGCCCCCGUCGUCUUCUGCCCCCGCGCCUCUGCCCACCUCUGUGGCCGCCCUGUCAGUGCGUGUGGUGGCAGGCGACAAGGGCCCGUCCUCCAGCCGUGCCCCCGCAGACAGCGACGAGGAGAGCGAAGGAGGAGACGAGGACGAGGAUGACGAUGAUGACGACUGGGAUGCAAACGCGAGGCGUAGAAAUCGAGGAGAGCAGCCGCUGCCGCAGCAGCAGCAGCUGCCGCCCAGGGCCCAGCUGGCCAGAGAGCGGUCUGGGGGCUCCCGGCAGCAGCCUCAGCCCCACAUCCCUCCGCUGCUGUCUCAGCAGCUGCGCCAGCCCACGCCACCGCCCUCGCCUCCCCCAGAGCUCUCCUUCCCUCUGCCAGACACUCCUAAGCAGAGCCCCCCUAGCCCCGAGGAAGAACCCCCGCCCAGGCAGCGCACCAGCAGCACGUCCAGCUCGGGCAGCUCCAGCAGCGGCAGCCGCAGUAGCAGCCCUGAGCCACAGAGUGGCGCUGCAGACCGCCGACCCGGCCCCCUGUCAAUGCUGGCACGCAAGAUGGAGUCCGAGGGGGCCUUCUCAGGAGUGGUCAGACGCGGACGAGACGAAGCCCAGGGACGGGAAGAUGCCACCGCAGGUGCCGCUGUGUUUCCCGGGAGAGGUCACCAGGAUGGCGCAGUGUCUGCCAUCACGCACACUGCCAACGCCUCGGCAGCUCUGGGCUACCCAGGAUCCAUCUCUGUCAUUGGAGGCCCUCAUGUUCACAGCCAGGGCCCAGUAAGUGUCGUUCGCACCACCAUGGAAGAAAGGGACUCGCUGAAGCAGGACCAUGAGCCUCCGCUACCUUGGCAGAGGGAAAACGAAGACAGAGGGAGGCAGUGGGAGAGGGAGCAAGAAAGGCUCAAAGCACUCGAACAGGAGAGAGAGGAGAGGAAAGCUCUGGAGCUUGAAAGGGAGAGAGCCCUGGUCCAAGAAAGAGAGGCGAGGGAGAGAGAACAAGCUUUGGAGCGAGAGCGACUGGAAAAGGAGCGAUUGGAGAGGGAGCAGGCUUUGGAAAGAGAGAAAUUAGAGAGGGAGAGACAACAGGGUUUGGAGCGGGAAAGAUUGGAGAGGGAGAGACAACAAAUCCUUGAGAGGGAACGUCUGGAGAGAGAAAGGCUAGAGCGAAUACAGGCUUUGGAAAGAGAGAGGCUGGAACGAGAAAUGCAGGAAAUAGAACAGAAGGAGAGAGAGCGGCAGGAAAGAGAGCGGCAGGAGAGAGAGCAAGCUCUGGAGCGUGAGAGGCUUGAAAGAGAAAAGGCUUUAGAGAGAGAGAGGUUGGAGAAAGAAAGACUGGAGAGGGAGAGGCUCGAGAAAGAACGUCAGGAGAGGCUGGAACGAGAACGACAGGAGCGGGAGAGACUUGAGAGAGAGCGUCAGGAGAAAGAGAGAUUAGAGAGAGAGAGACUUGAGAAAGAACGAAAGGAGAAAGAGAGAAUCGAGAGUGAGCGCCUGGAGAGGGAGCGAUUGGAGAGGGAGAGACUUGAGAAAGAACGAAAGGAGAAAGAAAGAAUCGAGAGAGAACAAGCCCUGGAGAGAGAGAGACUGGAAAAAGAACGGUUUGAGAAGGAACAGGCUUUGGAGAGGGAAAGAAAAGAAAAGGAACAGGCUCUGGAGAGGGAGAGACUGGAGCAGGAGAGGCGUGAAAAAGAGCAAGCUCUAGAACGAGAGAGACUGGAGAAGCUAAAAGCCAUCGAGAAAGAAGAAAAAGAGAGGUUAGAGAGAGAACAAGCGCUGGAGAGGGAAAGAAGGGAGAAAGAGGAAGCUCUGGAGAGGGAGAGAGCACUUGAGGAGAAGAGGCGUCUCAUGGAGCAAGAAAAGAAGGAAACAGAGGAGAAGGAGAGGGCUCUUGAAAGAGAGCGUGCAUUAGAGCAUGAGAGAGAGGAAAGGAAGGCAGCCUUGGAGCAGGAGAGGCUGAAAGCAGCUGAGCAGGAGAGGGAGAAGGCUGCCUUGGAGCAGGAGAGGCUGAAAGCAGCUGAGCAGGAGAGGGAGAAGGCUGCCUUGGAGCAGGAGAGGCUGAAAGCAGCUGAGCAGGAGAGGGAGAAGGCAGCCUUGGAGCGAGAGAGGGAGGAAAAGGAAAAGAUACUAGAGAAGGAGAAGGAGAGGGAGAGCCGUCUGCCUCCUUGGAAACGCGGCCGUGAGCUUGGGGGCUUUUCCCACUCUCCUGCCCUCCAGCUUGGUGCCCCUGGUAAGACCGUGGCAACAGAGGGAAGGGAUGCAGAGAGUGGCGAGCCAUUGGGAGCCUCCCAACACACGGGAGUCUUCCCGCCGAAAUCCCCCCCAGUCACUACGCCCCUGUCUCCCCAGUCUUCCUCCAAGAAAUUCCGUUUCCUGAGAGAUGCCCCUGUGCUCUCUCCUCCUCCUUCUUCCUCUGCCACUUCUGUGGUCAAGGCACCCCGCACCUUCUCAGAUAGCCCCUUCCCACAAGCCCCUUCCCCUCUCCACUCCCCCACCAAAGCAGGCCAAGGGGAAGGAGCCCCGCAGGGUCCUCAGGUCCCCUCCGGGAUGGGCUCCCCUCAGAAACUCGUCAGGCAGGGCGUCGUAGUCUCAGGGUCCCAUGGACCCGACUGGUACGAGGGAGAACGCUCGGGGACGGCCCCACACAUCCAGUUCACGGAGGGAAAAGAGGAGAAACCCAAAAUAAGAGAUGCUCUUCAGGAAGAGGAGGGCAAGAAAUCAGAUCAGGGGACUCAGUCAUCCACCAAAGCAGCAGAUGCACCCAGAGCAGCAGAGGAGAAGAUGACCCCUGCAACAGUGCUACCCCCUUCUCCCCCACCAGAGGAGGCUGACGUGUCAAGAGAAAGAGAGAAGGAGAAGAAGAAGGAAGAGAAGAGGAGGAGGAGGGACUCUUCUUCAUCCAGCGACUCGGGUUCAUCUGAUUCUGACUCUGGAUCCUCCUCCUCAUCACGCUCUUCGGGAUCAUCCUCUUCCUCGCAGGAAAAAAGCCGCUCCUCUUCCGCUUGUAAGAGGUCUGGAGCCCCCCAGAAGGAGUCCCCAGAGAAAGCAAAGGCUCAGAAACCCGAGAGCCUGAAUGAACCCCCAGUCACGCCAGCACGCAAGCGACGUGGUCACAUUCAAGAGGAAAAGAAGGCUGUGAACGAUGAGGAUAUAAACAAAAACAAGAAGCUCUGUCCAGAGGUGGAAUCUGAGGAGAAGAAACCAGAGAAGAGAGAAGAACAUGUAGGAGAGGAAACAAAGGAAAAAGAUUCAAUCAGCGAAGUGAAGGAGCCAGUCAUGGAUGAGCCUGAGAAGGCUUCGGAUGCCAGCGAGGAGAGCGCCACACCAAAGGCUUUCUCCACUCGCAGAAUAUCCCUCACUAAUAAGCCGUCCCCGGCUGUGGUGAGUGCGGAGGCCGAGGUGGAGAGCGCCACAGGGGCCAGUCGCAAGAGGAGAUGGGGCGCAAGUACAGCCGUCACUGCCAAGAAGCCGUCAAUCAGUAUCACCACAGACUCACUGAAGUCUCUGAUCCCAGACAUCCGUCCAAGCCUGGGCCAGGAGGCCGUGCUGGACCUGCACCCAGAGGAGACGCCUCUGUCUGGGGAGGAGGAGGCAGGCGACAGGGGCGACCAGGACCUGAAGAUCCGACGCACAGUCACACAGGUGGUUCCUUCUGAGGCGCAGGAGAACGGACAGAAGGAAUCGAAGAGGAGUGAGCAGGAGGAAGAGGAGGAGGACGAGGAUGAAGGUGCAGAGGGCAAAGAGCGUGUGAGCCCUAACGAGAAGAUGGACACCUCAUUCCAGGUUGCCAUGGGAACGCACGAGUCUCCCUCCUCUGGCCACGAUGCAGACAUGAAGACAGUGAUGCCCAGUGACACACUCGUCCGUCGAUCCAUAAGCCAGCAGAAGUUUGGCGUGAGCAUCACCAUUGAUGACCCAGUCCGCGCUGCCAAGCAGCCCUCUCCACCGCGGGGCAGGGUCUCCAGCAUCAUCCACGUCUGCAAUUUGGUGCGGCCCUUCACCCUGGGCCAGCUAAAGGAGCUCCUCAACCGCACCGGCACCGUGCUGGAGGAUGGCUUCUGGAUCGACAAGAUCAAAUCUCACUGCUUCGUCACGUAUGCCAGUGCAGAGGAGGCCGUAGCCACACGCACAGCGCUCCAUGGAGUCAAGUGGCCUCAGAGCAACCCCAAAUUCCUCUCGGUGGACUUCAGUCAGCAGGAGGAGCUUGACUUCCACCGUGGUCUCCCUCUGGCCGAGAGGGCCGGUGACGAGGAGCGAGGCGUGGUGACAGCGGGCGGCGGUGCCGUGGUGGGUGCCGGGCCAGUGGUGGCGCCUGGAGCCCGAGCGCGGGGCCCGCUGCCCCCUCCCCUCCUGCCGGAGCGCGACCAGUGGGCGGAGCGCGAACGGGAAAUGGAGCGACGGGAACGGACACGUGCCGAACGCGAGUGGGACCGGGACAAGGUGCGCGACUUCAGCCGCCCCGGCGACGAGCGGGAGGCCACCGCCCGGCGCUCACGCUCCCGUGACAGGGAGAGGAGGCGCAAGGAGCGGGGCAAGAGCAAGGAGAGGAAGACCGACAAAAAAGAAAAAGUGCCAGAAGAGCCCCCAGCCAAACUGCUGGAUGACCUGUUCUGCAAAACCAAAGCGGCCCCUUGUAUAUACUGGCUCCCCCUCACGGAGGAGCAGGCCGCUCAGAGAGAUGCGGCCCGUGCCGAACGCGCCAAGGAGCGUGAGAAGAGGAGGAAGGAGAUGGAGGAGGAGGAAGAGGAGAAGAAGCGUGAGGAGGAGCGCCGGGACAGGACAAAGCUGGGAGGAGGCACAGGAGGAGGUGGUGAAGGUGGCGUAGGCGAGAGAGACCGAGACAGGGACAGAGAGAGGGAGAGGGAGAGGGACCGUGGCAGGGACAGAGACAGAGAAAGGGACCGGGAGGCGGAUAAGCGGAGGGACGGCUACCGCCGGCCGCCUGGGGCCAGCGGAGGUGGUGGAGUAGGAGGAGGAGGCGGCAGGAGAUCCCGCAGCCGCAGCGGACCUCCACCCAGAGACAGGCGGCGCUAAAGGGAAACCAACCUGUAGCUCCCCUACCGGUCGACGUGCUGACACACCCUGCACCUCCCUCUGAGGACCAACUGAUUCCACCCUAUGAGUAAUCACAAACACACAUUAUAUACAUACACACACACACACACACACACAUACAUACAUAUACACACACAAACAUUGGGACCAUGUUCUGGAUGGUGCGGUGUCUCUCUUUCGACUACCAUCUCAGUCUCUCCAGUUAGGGUGGGACUCCAAGUGUUCAUUUUGCCCCUCAGUGUUUUUUGGCCUUUCGGUGUUCGGUGACUUGGACGCUCACACACACACACAACCACCCUACUUCCCCCAACCUUUCCCUCCACCCCUUGUGUGCUAAAUCUCCAGACAGUGUUUCAAAGAACCUCUUCUCAUGACCUUUUUUCCCCUUCUAUCUUUUGUCGUUUCCAUGGAGUUUGUUUGUGUGUGUGUGUGUGAGUUGCGUAUCCGCACACGCGUUGCAUCAUUCUUCUCCUUCCCUCUUCCCGAACAGCAGGACGAGCUGUUUAUAUGUCACAUCCUGUCAUGGCCCUCUCACAUGGCCCUGGCCCACACAUGAGAAGGGCUGCCCUUUCCCACCCCCCCCAUCCUUCAUCCUGGGGCGAACGCCUUUUUAAGGAAAAAAAAAAAAAAGGCCUUGGUGUGUGUGUCCCCGUUUGAGUCCCUCUCCCUCGCCGUUACCCCGCUGUAGUCUCCCUGCGCUUCCUCGGACACCCAUCCACCACUGGCACAGCAACAUGGAGAAGGGCAAUGAGUAUUAACUACACACAACUGGUUUUAAUAUUCAUUUAUUUGGUUUUGUUGUUUUUUAAUCCUUAUUUUAUGGAUUUUAGUUUAAAUGCUGAAUUUUGUUCUUGGUUUCUUCGUUUUUUUUUUAUUUUUAUUUUUGGUUACUCCUGUAAGUGCUGAAUGUACAAAUAAAAAGGUUAUGUUUAAGAACUGAAAAAA